UACUGAUGUCGGCCUCUCAGAAACUGCUUCGAAGGCACCAUCACCCAUUAUUGUGGGCGGGCCAUCCACGAUCACAGUCCCUGCCCCAGAACCCCAAACCUCAUCUUCUUUGACAUCCAAACAGGGAAAGCAGAGUCGCCAGUUGACAAAAACGCCUCAUGUCAAUGGUCAUUCUGGCGCUCCUUCGCGUGCCCUUCUAGAGGGACAUAGCUCAUCGACAGCGUCCCCCGCUGAGAUCGAUGUUUUCGGUCCUGUUACCAGCCCCGCAUCUGUGGGAAAGAGAAAGUCCGCACCUGGGCCGAAGAACAGUGAUCGUAAAAGUGGUAGCUUCCCCUGACGAGGGCAGCUCCAGCAGAGGUGUUCCCUUGAACGCCAUAAUUUCUGAAGAUGACGAAGAGCUCACGGCUUUGAUCAGAGGCCCCAAACGUGGCCGCCUGGAUGUUAGCCAAAUUCUUUCAGUCGUCGCGGCGAGUGGAGAUGAAGACGACGACGUCGGAGAACUCGAAGAAGAGGAAGAAAUGCAGCCGAAGUAUCGUAGCUUUGCUGCCGCAGAUGCAUCCUCAUCGGAAGAUGAAAUCGAGGAUGAGGACGUCCCCGACGCAGUUCCCGUAACAGACCGGCCCGCCUCUGUUCCUUUGUUAGCAUCUUCUACCUCAAAGGAACGUUCAAGCACUUCCCCAUCCAUGAGGUCUUCCGCCACUGAUUUGAAAGAUAUCACCUCGAAAGACUCUAAACAGCAUGUGGGAGAUGGUGAUCAUCCCGUAGAUGGUGCUCCUGUACCCGAUACACCUGGAGAAGAAUCUCAUACGCCUCGCAAGCCCCCGACUGAGCCCGAGCCUGAUUCACCCAUAGAAUCUUUUGAUGAGCCACAACAGACACUUCAAGCCCGUGUAGGGUCGCCUUCUCGCCCCAAUGGUUUGCUCAAGAGGAUGAAAGGGAAGAGCGCAUCACUUUCUCCUCAGCAGUCCCGUCUGCGACCACUAAUGCUCUCACAAAAAGGGAAAUUGGGCGGUGUUUCAGAGGAAGUUGAUCCCAAAAUCGUAUCUCAGUUGCCUUCCACGCAUCCUCCAGCCUUGCUGAAGCCUAUUGAUCUCGACAAUGCCCCAAAGCCUGUUUCCCCUCAGCCGCGCCGGCAGUCCUUGGACACGUGGGAGAUACUCAAAACCUCUUCCCCCAAUACUGAUGCCGAUUCGUCUUUGAAUUAUGACGAACUUGUUUCAAUGAAUCAGGAUGAACUCACAUCGAGUACUCCCAAUGAUCGUCGUCUAGCUCCGCAGGUAACAAAGCGACAAACGGCUGACUCAUCAGACUUACAUGACUCCCAACCAACUGAUGAUCCUCUGUUCCUUCCCUCGGAGAGUCAACGUCCAUUUCCCUACUCUCAGUACCAAGCUGGUACCGACGAUCAAGUCGACGCCAAUGAUUCAGACGACGAGGAUGAGGUUGAGGCAACCGUAAAAUCAGGACCAGAUGUAACUGCCAGCUCUUUUCGUAGACUGACAGACAUCGGAAGCCAGAGGAGUUUCUUUUCGAGCCAAACACCGGGAUGGCAAAAAGCGGACUUUUCUCGUCCAACGUUGCAGGACUUGUACGGCAACGGGCCAGAGGAUGAAUCUGAUUCUUCGGAUGAAGAUAAUGACAGUGGUGACGAAAAGACGUCUCAUAUCCCUCAAUCGCGUCGAGCGGGAGCAAAGUAAUAUGUUUCUUGACUUCAGCGGAGCAUGUAUAUCUCUACUUGUUACAUAAAGGACAUCGCAUAAUAAAACACAUGAAUUCUUCUGACGC